GCCGAGACCCGAGCCUGUGCUCCGAAAUAUACAGAUUAUCCGGUGGGGAUGCGGAUCAUGAGUGUCGUAUUACGUCAUACAUAUUUUGUGUGAAUGGCUGUGAAUGGUCAACAGAGCGGUCAACAGGGAAAAAAAGCCAAGAACCAACCACAUCAAUCUCCACAAGACAACAUCAAGAUGAGCAGCAGUGGCAGCAGCAGUCUUGGUUCACUUCUCCUACAAGGUUCAUCGAGCGACUCAUGCCAGAAUCAGAACGGUGUUAACCCACUCAGCUCACUCACCAAAACCUUCGAACGACAGCCAUACGCAUCUGAGCACCGAUUCCAACCCACAACAAUCAAGAAAAAUAAUACAGCAAGAACGACAACCAACGAGCUACACCAACAGCUGACUCAAGAACAACAGGCUAUCUAUCAUCAUCAGGAUCAUCAUAAGAACUGGUCAACGGCAUUCCUAAGAUCAGUACCAAUCCAAUCUUUCCUGCAUUCAUCCUCAAUCAAUAACCCACAAUGGCAAUCAGAAUUCAAUCAAUCACAAUCCAAUCAACCACGGCGUAAUCUAGAGCAUCAGGAACUCAAUCAACCUCGAAACAUUGUCCCUUCAACCUCACACCUUGGCCCUUCUCUAGGAUUCUCUCAACCAGGUCGGCUCACUCCACAUCACCAUCCAUAUCAUCCCAUCCAACCAACAACCCAUUUGAUCAAUCAAGAACCUGCCAUUCAACAUUCUAACUCAACAACCGCACCAGAUUGGGAUUCCGCUUUUCUCAAGUAUGAUCAUCAUCUGCCUAGCACGAUCGUCGCCGAUCCGGUGCAAGUGGAAAUAGAAGAACAGCGCCAGAUAAAUCAAGAACCCGAGUACCUUGCCAGGUCUCACUCCCCGAUCAACUCCUCAUCACCCGAUGCAUUGUCCAAAACUGCCGCCUCUCUUAUAGCCACAGUAGAGAAUGGAAAACAAGCUCAGAACUCAAUCGAGAUCAAUGAUCAUCAAUCGAAUAGCGAGAAUUCCACAGCAGAUAAAUUCACACAGAGUAGUUUCAUGGAAUUCAUGAGGCAGUUACGAGACGGUGAAGUGAAGGUUGAAGGUGAUAAAGUUGUCCAACAAAUAGCACCAGUCGGAGGAUCUAGUUCGGCGAUCAAUCAUAGUACUCAGAUCAAUGAUCCUUCUACGCUUCGUCUUCAGCCACAAACUUCCGCUGGCCUGUCAACCCAUCCGCAAAACGCUCAAACAUUUGGCGUCUCAAGAGACCUCAAAUCAGAACAAGAACACCCAACUCAAUCAAAUGCUCAGCCAGGACUCGAUCAAGUCGACAGUUCUGUAAGCCAGCUCUAUUCUGCCGAUCAAGCCCUAGCAGCUUAUAGAGAAAAUCUGGAGAAUGGGAUCCAGGAAAUCAAUGGGUUGAUGGAAGAGACUGAUGCGGAACUUGAACGUACACAGUAUCAAGCUAUGAUGAACCGCUUCCAAGGUGACGGAGGUGGGAUCUCGGAAUCAGAUGACGUCUUAACUGCCGAGUUGGAGGACAUCUUAAAUGCAGCCAGUGAGGUCGGUCGACCAGAGAAACAGACCUGGACCAAUACUGCCACACAUGUACCCGGUGCAACCGAAUCAUGGACCGAAGAAUUCGAUCAACCACAAAGCAUCGAUACCGCCACUGCCACUGGAGAACAAGAAAAUUUGGAGUUUGAUGAAAUGGGUAUGUUUGGCCGCCCGAUCCACGCUCGAGAGUUCGAAUUGGAGCGUCUCAAACGACUUCAACAACUACCAUCAGCACAACAACAGGAAUGGGAAAGGCUUCAUAGUGACUGGGAAACUAUGGCGAACGAUCUGGGAAAACUGACUGUCGAAGAAUCUACUUCUAGUUCAACUACGAUCUCACCAGCCAUGUAUUUAGAACGAAUUAGCACCCUUAAAGCCGAAACUGGAUACAAUUUCCAACAAGCCAACCCACAGCUCUUCAUACGACCAGACCAAACAAACAGAUCCAUGCAUCACUCAAUCCACGAGCCAUGGGAAGACUCCACCCUAGAUGCAGAGAACAUUUCACCACUGGAAUCAGUCCUCCAGAAGGAGAAAGAAGUCUUGAGUGAUCCCUCGUCGGCGAUUGCAUGGUACGAACUUGGGGUGAAACAGCAGGAGAACGAGCGUGAAGAGAUGGCCAUCCAAGCUCUCCAACAAGCCAUCAAAUUAGAUCCCGAACUCUCCGAUGCCAUCUUGGCGCUUGCGAUCAGUUAUUCGAACGAGAAUCGUCGGGCAGAAGCGUUUGAAGAGAUCGAGCGAUGGAUCGAGGUGGAGAGUUCUCGGGUACCCAAGUAUCGUCACGUGGCCCUCGCUCACUCGGCUCCACAACAGAACGGGGCAGACCAUAUAACAGGAUCGAUGACGGAGGAGGAUGGCCCAUCGAGGCUGAAGGCAAAGCAUGGAGAAUUGACGGGUCGGUUGAUCGAGCUAGCUCGACUUGGUGGAAGGAUCCCUGAGUCCGCCUCGGUCGACCCAGACGUUCAAAUCGCCCUCGGAGUCCUCUUUAACUCUAACGACGAAUUCGAAAAGGCUUGUGAUUGCUUUAGUACCGCUCUCGCCGUCCGUCCCGAUGACCCUCUUCUCUUUAAUCGCCUUGGUGCUACUUUGGCUAAUUCUGGUAAACCCGAAGAAGCUAUCGAGUAUUAUCAUAGAGCGAUCGAAUUAUCACCGAGUUAUAUUCGAGCUAGAUAUAACUUGUCGAUCUCGUUAAUCAACCUGGGAAAAUAUAUGGACUCGAUCAGAAAUCUUUUUGAUGCUUUGGUCAUCCAGGAUCAAGCUUCUUCUUCUGCAUCAACCUCUUCUCUCGGGUUCUCUGGGGUCGAUCAUCAAGCUACUAGUGGAGUCACUUCGGACGUCUUGUGGCAAACGUUGGAAAUCAAUUGUUCUUUAGUCAAAAAUCAUUUCAUUCAUUCUCAAAAUGACUUGGAAUCUUGUCUCGUUAACAAAGAUUUGACUCAGCUCAAAGCCAUUCUUCCCGCUUUCAUUUAAUUCUUUCCGUUCUUCCCCUAUAGACUCUCUCGCUUUUCUUUCUUUUGUACAUCUUUUUUUUAUAACCUAAAUUAAAUAAUUUCAAUCAAUCAAAAA